AUGGGCUCCCCCAUAUCAGGGCUGAUUGCUGAAGUGGUUCUUCAACGGAUAGAACACUUGGUGUUCACCAAGUAUCAACCAAAGUUCUGGGCUCGUUACGUCGAUGACACCUUCGCCAUUGUCAAAUCAUCUGACGUGGAGCACCUUAAAGAAUUACUGAACUCGGUUGACCAGAAUAUCCAAUUCACGAUGGAAGCCGAAACAAACAACCAACUUCCCUUCCUCGAUGUCCUUGUGCGUCGGUGUGCAACUGGAGAAUUACAAACUACCGUUUUCAGAAAAGCCACCAACACAAGACAAAUACUGCACUUCAACAGCAAUCACCCCCUCUCUCACAAACGCAGCUGUGUCCGUACUCUGUUCCAAAGAGUUGAAACACACUGCAGCACACCAGCCGACAAAAGAGUUGAACGACAAUAUCUUCAUGAUCUCUUUCAAACCAAUGGAUACCCAAGCCACUUCAUCAAGCAAAGCAAGCGCCGAGUGAACAGACGACGGCCACAAGAAGAACAACCCGAAGUCUGGAGGGCUAUUCCUUACAUUAAAGGAGUCUCCGAAGCGGUUUCAAGACUGCUACAACCGGCCAGGGUAGGUAUUGCCCAUCGACCCCAGGCAACAAUUCGUCGCCGUUUGAUGCAACCCAAAGACAUACUGCCACCCACUGAAACCUCAGCAGUUGUCUAUCAAAUACGUUGUAAGGAUGGAGACUGCAACUACGUUGGGGAAACCGGACGGAAAUUGCAGACCCGCCUACAUGAGCACAAACUGGCAACACGGAGACUAGACCCAAACUCACAGCUUGCGGCUCACAUCGGAGAAACUGGCCACAGUUUUGAUUUUCAAGGUGCAGCCGUCAUAGGCAGGGGCACCUCAAGGACUGAGCGUCUCACUCUUGAGGCUUGGUACUCAGAUGCCAACUCCAUUAACAGGCAUCUAGACCUUCCUUCGGCCUAUAAAGUCCUACGUCACUUCAUACACCGUGACGAAGACAAGACAAUCACACGGAGCCUAAGAAUGCCGAGCAAACACGGCCUGUCGACCACUUCACCCAAAAGGGGAAAGCAAACGCAACCAACCCCAAUUGAGGUGACGACACGUAUUACAGGAGGCCACAAACAUUCACAGGCGACGGCCAGUAGGCCGAGGCAGAGAAGGAAGAAAAAAAACGAUCAGCCCAGGGCCAACUAAUGCGGCAGUCUAUUCAAAAAUGCUGAUCGAUUUCUUCACUUGACGCUUUGACAAUGGAGAGCAGCCCCAGCUCUUCGAAACGUCAGCUAGAAAAAGUCCCCCGAUCCGGUGAGCAAUUCAUUCUCCUCAGCUCAAUGUACAGUCAACUUUCCCUGACGAACGACAGAAAGACGUUCGCUGUAACUGGCCUAUACGCAUAAUUCCCCAAUGUUAUGACCCGCCUGGUACUUGAAAUCUCGUGGAGCAUAUACGCACUCGACCCUUGUCUCCAGUGCCAACACGGCAGAGAAGGAGAACGCGAUCAGCCACGAAAAUAUGUAUUAGGAAAUUGCAAGUCAAGAUUAACUGGAAAUAACGCAUAUUUAUAACGCCCUACUGUGGUUCGCCGGCAUUCAGCCCAAUGCCCUUCGAGAAGAACAUUCCAGACGAGCUGGUCGAUAAUUCGAAUACGCAGAUCGAUCAGGCCCGAGGGGAAAAGCCAAUGGAGAGGCGCCACGAUUAAGAUGACAGCGCUGUGGAGAAAACGCACGUGGCCUCCAGUGAUUGGCUGGCUCUUGUUUUUGGGAGUGUAGGCACUCCCAACACGCAAAGGCGGCGCCGCUAUGACUGUGGCGGCGUAGAGCAAAUCAGAACUUGCUUCACACCACUGCAGAACCUGUUGAUCUCAAGUGGAGGCGCAUAGGCGGGGAGUGUGUGGUGAGGUACCGGACUAAUUUACCUUUGACAAUUUAGUCCCAUUUUCUUUGACCGGAUUGGUUGUUUGAAUGUGAUGAAAAACAACACACCAGUACAACCCGCUUUGCUAGCGUGCUCCUCCGUCGUGGUCUGUUGUUAGUUUUCUUAACAUUCAAAAACCUCUAUAUUAUUCACUGCUCAGCUUUACUUGCUGCCUUUAAGGCUAGGGGCUCGUGAGAUAUAACUCGUUAGUUCGUGAGAACAUUACUAUUUACGACAUUGGUGACCCCGACGUGUACUCAGAGCACCACAAUAACAAAGUCAAAUCCCGACUAGAACGUUAAGACCGGAUGAGGGGUUUUAUUGUACGACGCAGAUGCCGUCUUGUGUGGCGGUGACCGCUGGGGAGACCAGGCGUGUGCUGACUUUGGCGUCAGCCGCCUCAGUAGGUUUGUGGGAGCAAGUUCAGGUGUCUGUGUAUCCAGGUGCCGCAUGUCGCAUUACCGUACCGGAAGGGUGGUGCGUCUAGUGGUCUCUGCUGCAUGGACCAAGCGGUGUCGCGUGAAGGUGAAGCAUGGAGGCCUGCGACUGUCUGGUGCUGGCAUGUGCGAGUGUUGAAGUCGAUCAGGCAGCAGCAAGGUCAGUGCGUCUGGAAACGCUGGCCGCAGCGGGUUGUUGGACAAAGGUGUCGGGCGCCGCAAUGUUGAAUGUCGGCCACACUCUAAUACAUUCGAAACCGGUUAUUUUGCGUUGCUUGUUGUUGUAGCGUAAUAAACUGCGUCCACCGGUGUUGGAGAUUCCAAGUGAGUGCGGCAGGCAGUUCGGGGGUGAUGUUGUGGCAAGCGGACAAACAGACGAGAGGGUGACGUCAGAUUCUUGUUUUUGUUUGUGUACGGGCGGUUAACGUGGCGGCACUUGAUUGAAGGACUCGUAUAUAAGACCUUAGGAAUGUUCACAUUUCCUCUUUCUAAGAGAGAGAGAGAGAGAGAGAGAGAGGACUCGGGCUGACGAGCCACCACCGCAUCGAAUAUGACCCCAGCGGUGAUUGCGAGAACUGAUAAUUGCAGUGCGCAUACGGUCCCACGGCAGCCACGUGCUAUAAAUACUGCACGCCUUGUGUCACCAUCACCUUUAUCUGCGAAUGUCUCUGAUGAUGGAUUCGAGUGAGAAUCCGAAACGUCAGGCCAAUAAAUUUCUUGUUUCAGUGAUCGCAUCUUUGUUUUCUGAACUGCUACCUGGAACUCGCCUGUUCGCUUCUAUCACCAGUUAAACUUGUUCCCCCUAUCCUAUAGACAAAUGAUUUGUUGCCGGCUAUGGACUUUCUGCAUCAUCCACGGGCAUGAAUGUUCGCUCAAAUAUGAAGACUUCUUUGACUUCACGACCAUGAGUCACCUGCGCAGUCAGCAGUACAAGGUCAAUCGGAAGCGUACACGCAAAGGCCGUCGGAAGUUUCCAUUCAGUCAGCGUGUUGUUCAACCGUGAAACUCACUCCCGGGUGAAAUAGUGACGUCUGAUACAAUAGUUGUAUUCAAAAGGCAGCUGGAUCUUUUGAUCUUUGAUAAACGACGAUUCUCACUGCGAGACUAUCUGCGGCCAGCCAUAAAGUUGAUUUCCUGAUUUCAUUCCCUAUGUAACGCAUCCCUGCACGUUUGAUAACAUUUUAUUUCACAAACUACGCAAAUGACUGCAUUUUGUGCUGAUUGUAUAUAAUUGCACUUAAAAUUCCAUGUGUAUCUGGAAAGGACCGUCUGCCGCACCCUUCGCAGUUCCAUACCGUAGAAGCGUUUUCCGUGAACAAUAUGUUACUGGCAAAAUGUUAGUAAGAUGUGCAUUUAACAUAUACCGCUUCAAUAAGGUCAUCAGGGACAUUGCCUAAUACCCUAAAUGUACUACUAGUAUAAUGCUACUAUACUACUACAUACCUGAAAUUACGUGGGAGUUCGUCAGACUGUAUGGCCGUUUGGGCUGUUCAAGUAGAGGUGUGGAGAAGGAAAUACUGUUUUACAACUGCCAAGAUGCUUCAUAAAUGCGUAACAUGCACAACGGUCAUUGAUGAUCCGUGCAACAUGAAUGAUGGGGGGCGCGGACCUUCCUAUUGUAGCCGGUGGGGUACAGCAUUUCCACAAAUUUGAUCGCUCCCGGAAGGAGGAUCAAAAGUGCUGUUUCGUGAUAGUGUGGUUCAACCAAUUACCUUGUCGCAAAACCCAUGAAGGAAGUACGUCCUGGUUGGAAAAACGUUACCAGUAUCAUAGACGGACCCGUCCAACGUCGUACCACCUCAGGUCAGAGACACAAUAAGUAAGCUGGGAGACUGAAUAUGCCAUGCCAUUAAGGUAGAACUCCGACCAGCGUUGCCACAUUGAGUAUUUUAUUUAAAGUCUUGUAGGAAUAAAUGAUUUAUCUGAAGGAAUCUACAAGCGACAGUGCAGAAAAAGGCAAGAUAAUGUGUUUACCAGUCUCGAUGUACAGGGGAGAGCAAUUUCCGAGAGGACCAAAGGAAACACGACCAUUACGACAAACGACGAGUCAAACAAGGGGGAGGGGCUCAAAUACAUCAACAAUAAUUCAGGUUGGCGGGGGUGGGCUGAAAAGUAAAUAAGAGAAACCAGACGAGCCCAAGCGGGACUGCAUUCUCAGGGGCAGGGGUGGGAGCGGACAGCGUUAGCAGAGAAUAGGACUUGACUCGGAGGGGGGAGGGGCGUAUGACAGGAAGGUGAAUUACAAGCUUAGGUCGUUUCUAGACCGAUGGGAGAAGGCAAAGUAUUUAAAAAAUAAAGUCUCUUUAAGCAAAUAUACUAGUUGCAUGUGCUAAGCGCCGCCGCCUCUGAAACAUAUAUAUAUAUUUUUUACUGCGCGCACAUACCGCAUUUUUGCCUCAGUCGAAAGUUCUCACGGUUAGAAGGAUGGAAAAGGCUUGCUGGAAGUGCCCCAAUACUGAGCCUCCGAGAGACGCCCUUUUCUUCAUUUCUGCCCUCAUGAACGCCCUCAGUCUGCUAUUAAAUCUCGGUGUGCUGGCGUUACUCCUUCUCUUAAAAGGCAGACCAUUGGCAUUCCUUACCCAGCUGCGUGCCCUAAUUGGCUCUGUGGUCUUCUUUAUGAUCAUCAGGACCUGCGACCGCGUGAUACCCAGACGACUCUACCCUCCCGACCCUACCUUGGCUUCGAUUAUGUGCCACCUAUGGACGAGCCCAUAUCUGUUUUUCGUUACUUACACAUUUACAGUACUUGUACUGAAUUUCACGCUGGGGAACAGAACAAUUCAGAUUGUCUGCAGAUACCAGCACUCAUUCUCCACCUCCCACAUUACCAACCUCGCAUACUUGGCUGGCAUGGGCCUAGUCAGCAUCAGUUGUAUGCUUCCCCAGGCCCUGCUAGUGGGGUGGGAUGGCAAACAUUGCCGUUGUCUUGACACAAAGCUGCCUUACGGAGUUCUUGCGGCUCUUUACACUGAGACCUUUGCUGAUAGAAGCGAACAGGCGAGUCCCAGGUAGCAGUUCAGAAGAUGAAGAUACGAUCACUGGAACAAGACAUUUAUUUGCCUGACGUUUCGGAUUUUCACACGAAUCCAUCAUCAGAGACAUUCGCAGACAGAGGUGAAGGUGACACCAGGAGUGCAGUAUUUAUAGCACGUGGCUGUCGUGGGACCGUAUGCGCACUGCAAUUAACAGUUCUCGCAAUCGCCGCUGGGGUCGUAAUUGAUGCGGCGGUGGCUUGGCGGUCCGAGUCCGAGCCGUUAAUUGCCGCGAUUUCGUCAUCCGUGCUGGGUGAUGGUGUGACGAUUGCUCGGCAAACUGGCUCACUGUCACUGGCUCGCCCGCGCUCUCCCCACGUGACUGAUUCUCCUGCCCAGGGAAAAUCGCGAUACGGACUAGGGUACCGGGAGGUCAUUGUGUUUGUUGAUGGAUUGCGGGCCUGAGAACCAUGACUCGAGCAGCUGGCGGCUCACGCGGCUGUCACCCCUUUUAAGGAUUUCGGCCUCUUGAAAUUUGAAAAUAUGGUCAGGUCCCGUCGAGUGUGCCCCCACCUGAGAGUUAGCGUCUCCCCGCCUCACUGCUGCUGCUGCUGCGUGCUCGGCAAGUCGCGUACGGAGUAAUCUCCCAGUUUCUCCGACAUAAUUGUUUUGUCCGCAACUACACCAGAUCCGGUAAACGACUCGAGACGUUUCCUGCCGUGGCAGCGGGUCUUUUGGCCUCAAUACUUGGCGCCUAAUGGUUGCUUCCGGCCUGUGUGCAACCCCAACUCCAAGUGGAGUGAGAAGACGACUGACGGCUUCCGAGACUUUCUUCACGUACGGAAGAACCCAAAAUUUGGGGCUGGUUGGAGUUGGUCUCUGGUGCCCUUUUCGUAUGCACUGGUUGACAAAGUUGCGCGGGUAACCAUUGGUUCUCAUUACCCGUCGAAGAUAUUUUAAUUCAGCAACCCUGUCUUCCGUUUCAAUGCAGUGCGUCUCAACGCGCCGGUAUUGCGCCCUUACGCAACUGUGUUUGUGACUGAUCGGGUGGUUGCUAUUGAAGUUCAGUAUUUGCGUCGUAUUUGUCGCUUUCCUGAACACUUUGGUUUUUAGGCCACCACAAUCUUUGCGGCAGACGAGGACAUCCAGGAAGGCCAGCUGAUUGUUUUCCUCCUCCUCCAUCGUAAAUUGAAUGUCCGGGAAGACGACGGUGAGUUGUUCUUUGAACGUCAGCACCUGAUCCCGUUCGAUGACGACGAAGGUGUCAUCUCAGGUGGCGGCACACUCGACGGGACCCGACCAUAUUUUCAAAUUUCAAGAGGCCGAAAUCCUCGCAAGGGAUGACAACCGCGUGAGCCGCGAGCUGCUCGAGUCAUGGUUCUCAGGCCCGCAGUCCAUCAACAAACACAAUGACCUCCCGGUACCCUAGUCCGUAUCGCGAUUUUCCCUGGGCAGGAGAAUCAGUCACGUGGGGAGGGCGCGGGCGAGCAAUUAUCACGGUGACAGUGAGCCAGUUUGCCAAGCAAUCGUCACACCAGCAUCCAGCACGGAUGACGAAAUCGCGGCAAUUAACGACUCGGACUUAGACCGACAAGCCACUACCGCAUCAAUUACGACCCCAGCGGUGAUUGCGAGAACUGAUAAUUACAGUGCGCAUACGGUCCCACGGCAGCCACGUGCUAUAAAUACUGCACUCCUGGUGUCACAAUCACCUUUAUCUGCUAAUGUCUCUGAUGAUGGAUUCGAGUGAGAAUCCGAAACGUCAGGCAAAUAAAUGUCUUGUUCCAGUGAUCGUAUCUUCAUCUUCUUAGAUGGUACUGUCAUAGCAUUUAUCGCUCUCACAUUACGUUGGACCACUCAGUCUGUAAAAGGGUGGAUCUGGACAGCAAACGAAAGCUUGACACUGCUUGAUAAUUCACGGAUUUGGCAGACAUUAGAAAGGUGAUACUAACACAAAUGAUCUGAUCGGUGCAGGGAGCACACUAACUUUGCCCAGUCCGGAUGAGGAUGCUCGUAGAUUGCAACCAAUGCCAGUCAAUGAUAUGGCAUCCCAUUUUAGAUAGUUUGCCAAUUCUUUCUUUCGAAGAAGAAUGAUUCAAAGAGUUCGAAUUUCAUGCGGUUGUCGCCCCCCCCCCCCAACGCGAGGAUGUCAGCCUCAUGGAACUAGCAGGUGUGUCCAGGUCCCAUGAAGUGGGCCGCGAUGUCGUUCGUCUUCACUGCUGAUAAACUUCCAAGAGUCCUGGUCUUGAGUUAUCGUCCCGUUUUACCAGCAUAGCUGCUUUCUCUGCAACUGAACCAGAUCUGGAAAGCGGUGGUCCCAGACCUUUCCCACCUAACAGUGAAUCCUUCGACCCAAUCGCUUGCCGUGAGAAGUCCAUUUCCACUCCAUUGGCGAAAUGUAGUGGUUCUACUCCGAGCGCCUGUUAGGAUGCUCCACCUCUCGCGAGUGCCUGCACGUGCCUGGUUUUCGCCCACCCGCAGUUUACCAACUGGCCAAUCAUCUUCAAGGUCGAAUCAGACGUGCCCUCGCCUAAGGCGCUGUGACGUAUUGGCCACUCACACUUGUGACGCCGCACUCCCGGCGUUAGAAGCACCUUUGCCCGUCUUUCAGCUCUCACCGAUCCCCGCUCUAGUUACUCUGUACAGAAUACACUAUUCUCACUCCAGCCUUGCAUUUGCGACCUGGCCUAAUGAUCGUAAUGGCUUAAGUCGUUGCUACAGAACCAGUCGGUACUGCUAGAAGGGUGCGAUGGCUAUCGAAGAUAAACUGUGGAAGUCGAUGUCUAUAAACGUAAGGAAAUACUUGAUAACAAAGAAAGUGGUGUUAAGGGUUCAAAAGUGGAAUUAGACUUUGCGAGUGAACCGAGAAGUGAGAAGCAAAUGAACCGUCUGUUGGGAGAAACGCUUUCGGGGGAAUCGAAGGAAGAGUGUGGGGAAAUAUUUCGAUAAUUUUGAACUGGAUUGUCUAGCGGUCAGUCGCAGUCGGAUUAAUUACUCUCUCAAGUGAACUAAGUUCCCCAAUGCGGGCACGUAGUUGGUUUGCCAGAAUGACUGUAUCAGUGAUUUAGAGGGUGGUUGAUAGAAGCGAAUAGGCGAGUUCCAGGUAGCAGUUCAGAAGAUGAAGAUGCGAUCACUGGAACAAGAAAUUUAUUGGCCUGACGUUUCGGAUUCUCACUCGAAUCCAUCAUCAGAGACAUUCGCAGAUAAAGGUGAUGGUGGCGUCAGGAGUGUAGAAGGUGGUAUAAAUACUUUCCAAACAGGAAGGCAUGUUUUUCAAACGCUGCGGUGGGGUUGAAUGCAAUCGCGUGAGGAAGUCACGCUACCGGACAAUUGCAACUCCUGGUUGCAGAAUUCGUCUCUAGGUUGCUGAAGGAGUGCACUCAGAGGUGGAAAAUCGGUCAAACUAUUUGGGAGAACAUCUACCUGAUCGGCUCGAAUAUUCCACCCUAGAAUUCAUAAAAGAAUGCUGUUGGUAAAGCGUACGGCUUUGAUAAAAUUGAUUUAUGCAGUAGUUGAUCCUCUGCACGCCUGGGUAGAUACGCAGCAAAAAUGCUUCAUCUUCUGAAGCAGUAGUUUAGUAGAGAUUGCGUAAAUACCCUAGACCCUGACGUCCACGGGAGUCUGUGUCUGUAGAUUCUCUGUCAAUCACUAGCAUCUGUCCGUUUGAACAGACGGACAGGCCCCGUUAUAGUGAGGUUAUACGAGGAAGUGGAAGGUGGACAAGGGUUACCAACUAAGUGCCCUCUCCUUGAAUGCCUUAAGCCUGAAUAUCUAGCGAUGGGUCAGACAAGAUAUGUCUCUCAAGCAGUACUUUUGGAUACCAAAGUCAAAGACGCGCUGCACUUCCUCAACAAGAGAGUUGGGAGGGGCUUAGCGAUAACCCGUGAUGGGGGAGUGGCCCACUGGAAGAGGUUUGAAGUGUUACUUACGUUUCGUAGAGCUUGGCCGGAUGUCUGUUGUCGAGGCGGUUUGCGCUCAAAAUCGACCGGCAAUUCAAAUAAGAUAGUCAUUUACGCGCCCUUGAGCUGAUCGAUUUUUUCUUAUCCCUCACCGCCAUAGCCUCUCAAGCAAUUUAUUGAUUACGAAUGUGCGCAACUGUUCGGGUGUAUACGUGAGUAAAAUGAAGGAAAACCCUAGUAGCAAUGAGUUACGAAUCGGAUCUGAAUUGUGAGCGAAUCGAGCCGUCAGUUUCGAUCGGUCGGACGCGAAUCGGCUUCGACGAUUCGUAACUCAAAUUUCCAUCCAAAUGGCAGUCAACUUAUAUCCGUUAUCAGCAAUCCGCAGACUCGACCGCCCCGGCUGUCGUUUACCGAGCAGUAUACUUAUAGGUAAUAUCGUUUUUGUACGGCAGGAAAGGUAUUCAUCACAGUGAAGGCGAAAAAAUUAUUUAAAAUUCAUAACUUUUAAAAUUUACAAAAUGGGGAUUCAUCGUUGAGUAAACAGUCCCCCUUCCCAUCGCGAUUUUACGUGUCUGCAAGGGAAACAUGUAAGAACAUUAAGCCCUAUCCGAGUGACAUGAAUAAAGCAUACUGAUAGGCAAUUUUAAAAAUAUAUUGCAUCAAAUGACUGAAAUUCUGCUGUAAGUUUUCAUAUCCAUAUGAUAACUGAGUCAGGUUUAUAAAAUUUCAAAAUUACACUAUUACAAAUAUGCAUUGCGUGAUAAUAAUAUUUAUCGAGUACAAAUAUGCAUGCUAUGUAUAGCUUAUAGGUCAUAGUAAUGAUUGAGUCACUGUCUGUCUGGGCUUUUAUACCGAGUUUUGAUAAGCGGUCAUAUGUGUGUUUGAAGGCAUUUUUAAGAGCCCUCCAGAACUGAUGACGGUCGGAGAGCUGCCCUCGGUUCCAGCUGUCGAAGACCUCUGUAAUAAUUUUCAUAAGUACACAUGUAAAGCAGGUCUUACCUAGAACCUAAUUGUAAAGAGGCGUUCCGAAGAACGACCUCUUACCCUGCUGUCGACUAUAGACCGCAGCCAACCAAUCAGAGGCCAGCUUCGGUCGGGACGCGAGCAUCGAGUCUCUAUUCGCGUGUCCUUGAUACUGGGGGAGAAGAAAGAGAAGAAGAAUAAAAAGAAGAAGAAGAAGAUGAGGAAGAGGAGGAGGAGGAGGAAGAAGAAGGAGCAGAAGACUGAUCGAGAGCCUCAACCACUGGGGAGACAGUGGCUUGUCCCAUCGCCGGUUUAACGUAGAAUUGGCCAUAAGGAAGCCAGAAAAAUAUCGCCUUCAUCCAACAGUGGUCCACAUUUGACACAAUUGCGUAGAAAACACGUUUGUUUUUGCCAGGAAGAACAUGCUGCAAAAUGUCCAUCACCUGCUCAGUACAUCCUUCCCUGACACAGUUCAUGAGCAAAGACGAACAGGAGCAGCAGUUGCCCCUUCAGACACAGUUCUAACUUACCGUAGGCAGCAGAGUUAUGAAAAUUAAUGAUUGAUUAAACGUCAGUGAGAAGUCUAGGGUAGCGUACCCCACUCCGAAUCUACAGUAGAUGUGCUAACUCAUGAAAUGUCAACCAAAAUUUCGAAAUGCGUUCUCGUUUCGAAAAGAUAAAUUAAGUAGUGUUGUAAAACUAAUCAUGAUGCAACUUAAAUCUAUAAUGAUCCAGCUACCUCAGGGUGUGGGCUUUCGAAAUAACUUAUAUUCGGCUGUAUGCAAGAUCUAUACUCUGCAAAAAAGUGACUACUUAUGUAGUAUGCAAUUUUCUCAUUGCUUUUCGAUGCCCUUGAAAAUUCGAUUAUAUUUCAUGGAAACCAUGCAUAAAAAUAUUCAUUCUUUUACUUAUUCGGUGGAAAAUCAUGUUUUCUUCCAAUUUCAUAUUCAAAAAAGUAUAAUUCGGUUUUAAAAAAGUUUCUAAUUGUGAGAUUUUUUAAUACCGUUAAAUGGCCGUUCAUGAAACGUCAUGUAUCUGCAUUUACGAAUGCGGCUUGUAAAGUUAACAAUAUUGCAUGAAUUUCUCUACGGUAUUAAGAGGAGACCAUAUGAGGUUCAUAAAAUUAAGCAGUGGAUUUGAGCAAUAUUGUUAACUUUACAAGCCACAUUCGUAAAUGCAGAUACAUGACGUUUCAUGAACGGCCAUUUAACGGUAUUAAAAAAUCUCACAAUUAGAAACUUUUUUAAAACCGAAUUAUACUCUUCUUUUGAGUAUGAAAUUGGAAGAAGACGUGAUUUUCUACCGAAUAAGUAAAAGAAUGAAUAUGUUUAUGCAUGUUUUCCAUGAAAUAUAAUUGAAUUUUCAAGGGCAUCGAAAAUCAAUGAGAAAAUUGCAUACUACUUAAGUAGUCAUUUUUUGCAGAGUGUAGAUCUUGCAUGUAGCCGAAAAUAAGUUGUUUCGAAAGCCGACACCCCGAGGUAACUGGAUCAUUAUAGAUUUAUGCUGUAUCAUGAUUAGUUUUACAACACUACUUAAUUUAUCUUUUCGAAACGAGAACGCAUUUCGAAAUUUUGGUUGACAUUUCAUGAGUUAGCACAUCUACUGUAAACUGGUCUUGUAAUUACACAGAUAAGACUGGACGCAUGCUUGCAUAACGAAUACAUAAACAUAAACCCGCUGUGAGAUGGAAUGACGAAAUAGCAUAUGUGGCUACCCACACCUUCCAAACAGAUCACGAAUUCAAAAUUUUCAGUCUCCAAAAUUAUUGCCACACCGUAACUAGGACAAGUGGUGAAUAUGUUGAAGCAUGGGCCUCGGAUGGGGACUCAGUAAAUCGAUGUAUCGAUCUGGCGCCGGUACAGUGAGCCCUGCGCAGUCACCUCCAAGCGUACGACACUAGUCGUUGAUUGGAUAAUGCCUUCGACAACUGCUGCUGUUACCUCUGGUGUCGGUCUCCCGCGCAAAUUCAAAAUCUUAGAAACACAAGCAAGCAGUUCCGGUGCUCAACAGAUUUUCAGUUACUUUCGUCAAACUUGUAACUGUGGUAAACUCGAUGGUAAUUUGCGUCAGAAAAACAAGAAGAAUGGAGGGGAUAAUCCCGCUUUCCCUGAUGAAGAGAUGCGCUUAAAAGAUGUUGGAUUAAGUGGCUCCAACUUUGCUUUUCACUUGCCAGAGAAACGAUUCCGGUCCAAUAGUACCAGUUCGAGCGGAAAACCAUAGGGCUUCCAUGUUUGGUCAAACGUGAGUUUGAACCGAAAUCGCAGCUUUUGGCAGAAUCUAUCCGCCAAAAUCAGCUCCAGCGAAAAGAUUUUUUGCCAAACUCGAAAUGGGAUGUUUCGAAACUAUGCCCUGCCGCUGAGGAGACAGAUCUGUAAUAAUUGAACGUGUAAACCCAUGCUUUUUACCACUAUGAGAUACUUGCGUAUUUGAUUUUGGUGGGCAUGUUAUAUUAGUUCUAGUCCCCGGCUAGGCUCAAGAAAAUGAUUAAAUUUAGGGUUAAGGUUACUGUUGGGUCAAAGGUUAGGGUCUGUCUGCCGUGCACCGUCUUACACAAUCCGGUCUUCUUUGACCAAUGACCUUGGAGCAUCGGCUUCUCGCCUGUCUACAUGCCCUGAUUCGCAUUUUUCAAGCUGCCGUGCUGAUGAAAUUAACAUUGACAUCAUGUCCGCAUUAAAGGUGUCCCUGGGCUCUAUUUUAUCGAUGGGAUUAAAUAUCCCAUACUCGAAGACAGACUGUCUGGGUCGAGAGAUUGCUAUCCGCCUGUGUUCAUUGUGUCGAAAUAUUCGUUUCAAGUUGGUAUUUCAUUGUUCACAAACCUCCCCACUUUGACCGUGCAUUUGAGCGAACGUAGGUUUGAGCGGUUAACUCGAUAAAAACUCUUUUCAACACCACUAAUUUCUAUUUUUUUCAGUUUCUGGUCGGAGUUUCCAAGGGUUUUUAGGGUGAGGCCAAUGUGUUGGCUACAGUGAAAAUCGAGUUUAACCACACUUCGACUUUAGCAUUUGAGUUAGAAUUCCAAGUAAAUUUUCAGACAAGUGGGCGUUAGACUUUUGCCGCCGUAUUACACGAAAGAAGCUUAGAAGCGUUGACAAUGGAACAGCAUGCUCGCAUUUUGAAAAACCUACAAAAAUGGAAUCGAAUUUCCUUCUUGUUUCGUCUACUUUGUAGAAGAAUCUAAACAGAGUGCCAUUACCGACAAAGAAACGAGAGACUGGAAUGGCCACCUCGGGCAUAUUAGUCUUCACGGAUGGAAGCGAAUAUGCGAAUCCCAGGUUCUUGUUGUAAAGAAGAUGAAGAUCCGAUCUCUGGGACAGUGGGUUUAUUAGUCUGAGCUUUCGGUCUCGUACAGGAGGCCAUCGUCAGAGACUGUGAGAAGGCAACAUCAAAUGAGCGGUUUUUGUAGGCGUGGGACGCAACUUAUCGAGAAUACCACCAGCUGCACUCAUAUCUCCCCCCCCAUUUCAUGGCGUGACUACAAAAACCGCUCAUUUGAUGUUGCCUUCUCACAGUCUCUGACGAUGGCCUCCUGUACGAGACCGAAAGCUCAGACUAAUAGACCCACUGUCCCAGAGAUCGGAUCUUCAUCUUCUUUAUAUUAGUCUUCGUCCGCCAGGUGUGAAACACCUGGGGAUCGAUCUCAGACAACUAAUAAGCCAGAUAUGGCCAUUCCGGUCUUCCUUUUUUACUGUCGGUAAUGCUAUUCUGUCUACAUUACGCGCCUCUGUCCGGCUGCAGGUUGGGCUCAAGAGAGAGCCUCAAGGCACAAUAGGACCAGUGAGUUCCGUAACACGAUCAGUGAGCUCCCCUCUACCAGAGAGAAAUCUGUUUUGGCAAACCCGGUGAUAGAUUCCCCUCAUCUCCCCGUGGGAAAGUUUCAAAACUUUCCAUGAAACUGCAACCUAUCGCCUUCUGCUAGAUGACGAUUAAAGCAUGCAUGACAUUUGAGGGGAAUCUAGAAACGCCCGGGUAAUGGCUUCUACUAGAUGGCGAUUAGUCUGUGUGUGACAGGUGGAAGAGGGGCCCAGUGACAUAUCGCGUCUCCAGGCAGCUUGACUCAAUUCUGCCCCAACCAGACUGCUAGGUCGACAACUUGUGAGGUUAUCACAGGAGCCUAAGUCGAGAGUGAGACCCAGGCUGCCAUGAUCCUCAGGUCUGGUCCCGAAAGGAAUGAGAAAAUGGACGCUAGUUGGGAGGACUGUAUAUUCUGUACAGACCAGCUGGAGAGGGGAUUGGGGGAGGAGUUGGCAGCCAGAGGAAAGUGCCUCCGGCGCCUAGAGGGGGCGUCCCAAGUGCGAGUCAGGGAAUGCGCCAAGGCGUCUAGAGCCAGGCCACGUCUGACUCGUCCUUGAAUAUGAUUGGCCCGUUGGAAAGCCGAGUGGGCGAAUGACAGACAGCCCUGGUGCGCACGUGCAGACACUCGCAUUUCGACAGGCGCCCGGAGUUGAGCCAUUAAAUGUUUACCCCCUCCUCUGGACUGACAGGUUACAAUGACUCCUUUAUCAGAUGUCAGUAUCACACGCCUCGUCUAUCCAAUAAGAUCCGAGUCAUUGAAGUCCGAUUGGUCGUGUAUAGGAGAUCAGCAGAUGCGUGGCACGCGCAGGCGAGCACCAUUUUUCAGAUCGAUGGAGCGCGCGUUUGGCAAACAAUGGAGGGAGGUGAAAUGCCUGGCACGCCACCACGUCUGAUCUCCCCGUCGGUCGGCUUCACACAGUCCACCCUUGAUGGCGGAGAAGGGAAUAAUAGAAAAUGAGGAUGAAUAUUGCGUGACUUUUCCGCCCACCAAAAGAUCUGAUGCACUUUGAGCUAGCAUCGGAUACACCUUUUUCACGGAUUGGGCGCGAACAUGUUCUCAAGUUACUGACUCGUUCGAAUUACAUAUUAUGUGAGGAGGAGAUCUUGCUCUCUAAAACUCAGGCUAUACUCCUUGUCAUGUGACUGUUUAAAACCUGAAGCCCCUAAAAGCAAAAUGAAAGACAGUUAAUUGAGUGCAAAUGAGGUUGACACCUGCUUGAGCAAAGCUAGCAGUAGGCGAUGAUUAUUAAAAAUGGGGGAGGGUCGUUUUGGAGGUGUGGAGACUCCUUUACAAUUGACACCAAUAUCGAUCGGACUAGUGUUGCCCAGGUUUGAGGGGAUGACUUAUGAAGAACUCGGAAGCCCACAAACGGGAUCUCCCGUCUCUGGACUCGCUGCUGAGGCGGUCCUACAAAAACUUAGAUGAACUGGUGUCAGAAGCCAAUCAGUCGAAGUAGUUGGUUCGGUAUGCCGACGGAAUCUUCGUAAAAUCAAGCUGAAAUUCGUUGCACAGUUUUAUGAAAUUUCAAAUUUCAUGCUGGUGGACUCCCAAAUAAUCAGAGUGUGGAGGAAAUAAAGGGAUGGAAAUAAAAGAAGUGAGCUGUUUUGACUGACCGUCAUAAUCCCCUCUAAUUUUGAGGAAAUUCGGGAGCUGAUUACACAAGUGUAGAGAAUUAAAAAACGCCAGUUAUGAUCUCCCACUAUCUUGCAAGGGGUGAAUGUCCACGCCAAGGUGGAGUUGUCACCUAGCAACCGGAUUCAAAUUCCUGUGGAAUAUAUUUACGCCAAAGCGGCUACUCGCAUACUGUAUUGUCGAGCGACACAGGACGACCGAAGACAAACGAAAUUCAACUAGGGAGUGCCCGAGAGCAUGGUGGCGGCUAGUACGCAGUUGCAGGGUGUCCGCAACGUACCCGGAGAUCAAGGACGAUUGCCAACCUAGUUCACAUGCGACCUUAUGACCCCGUGUAACGUGCCAAACGUGGCACGUGGUCUAUCAUUUCUGGCGUAGUUUUCGUCAAGUCGGGCAUCAUAUAAUGCUGCCUGAAACAAUAAUCUUAUCCUCUUAGUUCAGUAAUCUGCUGUUUGUUUUGCUCAUCCCCUUAAAGUACAUUCAGGCGUAUUGACUUUUCGACUGUCUAUCUAAAGUCGAAAAGUGAGCGGCACUACUUUUAUUGGUCCAGUAGUACACUGGUAAGCAAACAAAUCUCCUUAUAUUAGUAUAUACGUGGAAAAGUCCGCUCGCCUGCUUUAUGAUUCACAACAAGACCAACUAAGCGCUUAGAGGCUGCUUUAGCUGACCUGAAUCACUUCGUCCACCAUCAUGAAGUGAUUGUAAAAAAUAAGUGACUGUUGGUCUUAGAGAACAAGAGUAAUCAGUAGGUAGAAACGCAAGUCUUUCUUGACCGAUUGGAUGCUGCAAUCACGUCUUCAGUUCCAUUUUUUCCGGAUUUCUGUGAGUUUUCCGAGCCCUGUCUAGAUAAGCUGCUCCAGACAAGUCAGACAAAUCAUCUGGGAAGCAAAUGAGCAAAGACGAUGAUUGAAUACCUCUGGGGGGGGGAGGGGGAGGGGGAGUGAUUGGGCAUUGAUUCCCGGCGCACAGCCCCCCGAGAACUCUCGAAGCCUUGCUGAGGAGAUGGCAUGUGGUCCCGCAGGUGACCCGGGUUAAUUUACGUUUUCUUCUUACCAAGCCAAGCAGGUGUUCUGAUAUGCCCUAAAAUCCUGGGCAACGCUGGGUUAUGUAAUUGGGGCCAGCUAUAGGUACCAGUCUUACGAAGAAGGUGGUAUUAGGGGUUUUACAAGCGGGGUCUUACAGCGCGGUCAUAGGGAACCCCAAAGAAGUUAAGUGCAAAUAUGUAAAGUUGCGUCGUAAGGCCUUUACUACGCAUAGGGAAUAAACAAAAAGUAACCGCCUAAGCUAGACACAAUAAAAGAAAAUAACUAACCACAUCCGGUGGUCGUGAAUUUGUACUGUCAUUGAAACAUGGCGGGUGUGGUAGGAGGGGGAGGAAGCAGAGAAUUCUUGCACCAGUGUAAACAAACUAACGCGCAAAUCACAGUCGGUGGGUUCACCUUGUGGAUUGCGCAGGUUGAGCUACCGUGACCUGCCCAGUCCACAUGCGCGUCAGGGCUACAUUAAUUAGUCAACCUUCAAAGACCUGAGAACUGGCGGCAAAAGGACUGCUUCUGGGUAGCCGAAGUCGGCGUCGAUAUUGCAAUGGCAUGCGUUUAAGUAAAGGAUGCCAGACACAGCAAAAGGCGUCACAAGAGCCACCUCCUCCUGUGACAGAUCAAAACACGUUGUGAAGCGGUGGCGAGGCGUAUUGUGAAGGCCAAGGACAUGAGUGUUAAAAGACUCAGAAACGUAACUUUAACAUUCAUUUCCCGCUGUUAUCCUGUCAACCUAAUAACCAGCUUGCCCGCUCCUGCUGAUAUUUGGCGUCUGCGGCGGGCAUGAGGUGGACGAGUAGGGCAUAGGAGAAAAUGCUCUGGGAAGGGACAUUGAGGACCGCGUUAGUGGCCUGUGGUGUGUCUGCAAUCGGCUUCCAGGGCAUCUUCUUUGCCCACAUGAUCUGCACCUCGAACGACCUAAGCUACUAUGUGAUGGACACCAAAAGUAGUCAGACUGGACUUGCACCGGCCCUACUCCGCCACGCCUGUUGUAACGUCACGUCUCACGAGCGUGAGUUUCCACGUACGCACCAGCGACAGCCAGCUUUUCGUCCACCCACGGCUUUCCAACUGGCCAAUCAUCUUCAAGGUCGAAUCAGACGUGCUCUCAGUCAGGGCGCAGUGACGCAUAGACCGCUCUCCCGGAGCCGAGCGUACCCUUGUCCGACUGCCAACUCACUCCAUUCCCUCCUCCAUCUAUUUCGUCCAGAAAAUACAGUGAAUGAGUUAACUCAUGAAAUGCCAGCCAAAAUUUCGAAAUGCGUUUUGUUUCGAAAAGACUUAUUAUGCAGGGUUAUAAAACUAAUCAUCGUGUGGCGUAAUUCUAUAAUAAUUCAGUUACCUUAGGGUACCGGCUUUCGAACGAACUUCCUUCCGCUGCAUGCAAAAACUAUACUCUGGAAAAAAUGACUACUUAAGUAGCAUGCAUUUUUCUCAUUGAUUUUCGGUGUCCUUGAAUAUUCAAUUAUAUUUCGUGGAAAACAUGCAUAAAAUAUUCAUUCUUUUGCUCACUCUGUAGAAAAUAACGUCUGCUUCCAAUUUUAUACUCAAAGGACGGGUAUAAUUCGGUUUUAAAAAGUCUCUAAUUGUGAGAUUUUUCAAUACCAUGAAAUGACCGUUCGUAAAACGUCAUGUAUCUUCAUUUACCAAUGUGGCUUGUAAAGUUAGCAAUAUGGCUCAAAUCCACUGUUAAAAUUUAUAAACCCCGUAUGGACUCCCCUUAAUACCGCAGAGAAAAGUAUGGUUUUCCGUACGCGGAAAAUAUACGGAUUGUAGUUUGGAAACCCUGAAUGCAAGUGUAACGGGAGGUUGAGUUCAAAAUUAUUCGGGAAUUGGAAAAGUUUUUGAAAACCGAAUAAUACCAUUCCUUCGAGUAUAAAAUUGGAAGAAGACGUAUUUUUCUACAGAAAGAGCAAAAGAAUAAAUAUUUUUAUGCAUGUUUUCCAUGAAAUAUAAUUGAAUUUUCAAGGACAUCUAAAAUCGACGAGAAAGUUGCAUGCUACCUAAGUAGUCAUUUUCUGUAGAUUAUAGUCCUUGCAUGCAGUUGAAAAUAAGUUCAUUCGAAAGCCGACACCCUGAGGUAACUGAAUCAUUAUAGAACUAUGUUGCAUGUUGAUUAGCUCUGUAACCCUACUUAAUUAAUCUUUCCGAAGUCAAAACUCAUUUCGGAAUUUCGGUUGACAUUUCAUGAGUUAGCCCACCGACUGCACUAUUUUAACAGCUGGCGUCCAACUCCUUCUCUUCCUAUUAAGAACCGAGCCUAAAGGUCGCAGAGGCUCGCUGUGGUCUCACUGCUUAAGCUGCUGCGACAGACUGGCUACUUAUUUGGAGGUCUUUGCGCCAUCCGUCACCUGUGGUUGUAACGAGCAGUACACAGGUUAUGAUUAUUUUUCUUCCGAUGCAACGGACGGUCAUACCCCCUGAUUACUUCUUCCCGAUGCAUUUUUUUCAAACUUUUGAUGGCUCUGAGAAACUUCACUUUUGGGUUGGGGGUUGCUCCAAUCUAGGCUGAGCGUGAAUGCAUUCUUUUUCCAUUUCGACCCACCCCUGUUUUUCAGACGCCGUCCCUGAUCUGAUUAGACAGUUUUUUUUCGAUCUGAUUUUGUCGUGUGGGUGUCGUUUUCGGUAUCUGAGACUCAGAACCCGUACGCCCAGUCUCUUCUCUGGUCGAAACGCCAAUGGCUCCGAGUGAGCUAGAUUUGGCCCCAAGUGGAUGAAGACGUUUCGUAACCUGAUCGGCAAACGUUCCUUCCCACGAUUAUGAAUAUUCCCGCCUACUUACAUGACCCGAUCCUCAUGAACCAGGUCCGAAUGACGGAGUAUCAAAUUCCGUAAAGGUGGUUGUAAGCUCUUUAAGAUAGUGCCAAGGCAUCUUCAAUUGUUUGGUGAAAAAAUGAGCGCCUGAUCCGAGCUGGAACGACUUCUCUCUCCAGUGGCCUACCCAAGUCAAGUCGACCGAAUUCGAUAGUGGGAUUACGGUGUGCUGGGUGGAUGAUUCGCCCCCAAAACGGGCCACGCGGUAGAUGCGCUGGGCCAGAUCGGAAUCUCGCAGGUGUCAUCGGAAAAUCUGACCCAUAACAAAUACCAACAUUGGGAUUUGAUGACAGGCCCAGUUGUCAGUUCUGUCCACGCCAGUUGGAAUCCCUGUUCUUGUUGGUUAAGAUUCUGGUCAAUGUCUGCUGUGGACCCACAGGGGUGGUAGGUGCGGGUUUUCGCCGCGCCAGCCACCCGCGCCUCCUCUUGCCUUCAGUCUUCUUGACUGCGCCUUCACACCGGAUCCGGGCGGGGAAAGAAAAGAGGGUGCGGUAGAUGCUGCGCAAGUCCACUAUCACGCGAAGGUCAUCGUUUGUGCUCUCACAUACUGUGGAGCACAUGAUGGACACCGUUUGCAAGGACGGUCAAACUGUCGAGUGCAUGCUGACAUUAUGUGAAUGAGCUAUAGGCGAUAUUUUGGUGAUCAUUAUCGUGUAUGCGCAUGUGACCGAACAUGCCCAUGCGAUGCAUGAAUGCGCGGGUGCCGUGUGGGCAGAAAAUGUGGCCGUAACGAGUGUUGAGCGAGUAUAUAAGCACUGGUUUUCCAGUAAUAUUGCAGUGAAUUCGCAAGCGUCUAGCAUAUAAUUUGAUUCCAAUGCCUGUGCACUGACGGUUAGACAAAGACGUUAAACUGCAAUGGGGAGUUUCGCCAGUGUGUGGGCAGUAGGUUGGUUGUGUUGGCAUUUUGAUGGACCAUAAGGACUCCGAUGAGGUGUUGAAAAUUGUGUUAAUUCGUAGCAUUUCCUUCUCGUGUGUUUAUCGCUUCUCUUCGGCCUCGUCAGUCUGUUAUUUUUGAGAAGUUUCAGGCUACCUGAGGCGGGUCUUCGAUGUGCUCUGGUAGAUGCAUUUUUGGUCCCCUUGCCUAAGAGCGCCCAUGACGACGUACUCGUGGGAAUGUCGCUUCGCAAAGUGCACACGAGUUAUCGUUACAGUGAGACCGCUCCAUAGUAGUGGGGUCUGCCUAUGUUGCGCCCCGCUGUGCGGCUGCAGUCGGAGCUCGAGAGAGACGAGUGAGUUCCGUAGCGUUAUCGGUGAGCACCCCUCUGCCAUUAUAUAUACCCGAUUGCAACCGACAGGACUUCUAUUCAACAGCUUGGGGGAUCGAGCCUCAUUUGUUUCACACCUCGGGGUUUGAUAUGACUGACUGACGACGGCUAAUAAUCUAGGAAUGUUCAUUUCAGUCUCCCCUGCCUUUUCGGUGAUGCUACCAACUGAGUCAGGAGGAUAUGCACUCCGGAUAUGCUGGAGACCGAACUCGCCCUUAUACGAUUGCCAGCGGCCACCGGUUAAUUGCCAAACAAACGUCUCGUGUCAUCUAUAAAUUGCCGGCGGGGGAGUUGAAGUUCCUGCACCAGCGGGUACUUGCAACGACAGAGGCGGCGGCGGCGACCAUACGGCUACUCAACCCAAUCUUGUGCUCACAACAGACGUUUUUCCAGGCCAUCAACCUCCCAUGGCCCAGGUUAAGCCCUUUAUUUUCGUACCCACAUCCCUCCACAUGGCGGUACAUCGACGAAAAGCAAGCAUUAUUCACCGAUACAUUCUCCUCCAUUUCUCCCCACUCGCUUUGCCCCUAGCAGGAGUAAACUGUUAUUACCCUCAACUCUGACAUGCCUGAACACCCUUAAUAAUCUUCCCCUGAGUAUCGUUAGUUGGCCGUUAUCAGUUUUGUCACUUUAUUGCAUUUUACUUAUUUUAUCGUGCAGGGCCUAGCAAGGAAGGAAUUGAAAACGUACUUUCGCCGAAGCUGACUUCUUCGCACAUCUUGAACAACUACCUGUUGUUAAUCAGUAACAACAUUAAAUACUAUAACGCACUCCAGGCUAAGACGUUUUACCUUCAAAGACAUGGACACCGAAGUUGCCGUUUCAGGCUUAUUUGCCAUCAGAAGCCAGUUCAUCUUCAACCCUGGACCUCACAUUCGACAUCAGAAUCCGAUUCGACCGAACCGUCCUCGUUCGGCAGACUGAAAGCUCACCAAUCAGACUUUCUGAUGUUCCAUCACUUCCACCCCCAUUCUUGACCAAGCACACACCUUGCCGCCGUCACUGCUUGAGUCGCACGCGCCAACCAUCUUCCCCCUCACCAUUUUAAUCCAGGUUUUUAUGUGCCAUGAUAGGCACGACUGCGGACAUUUUCUGACUGUCACUUUUCCCCUGGUUACAUCCUUCAUUGCGAAUAACGCCUCAUCCUGAGGGGUUGGUUAACCGAACGCCACGUUUCUGCCCUUCUUUCCAAUUCAAUCACACUCUGCCUUUCUCCAGCUGAGUGACUUGCACCAUAGCCCCCAGCUUUGAUAUCUCCGAUCACACAUGAUCUUUGUUCGCCUCUUCUUGCAAGUUUCUUUUUUUGCUAUCCUACUCCAUGUUAGUUUUUUCGAUCGUAUUUAGGCUGUGAAAUAUAAUUAUUUCUUGCUUUGGCGAGAGGGGGCGGCACGGGUUUUGCCUAUUCGAGAACACUCAAGGCCGGUUGGUCAUCAGCCGUGGCGGCGGAAGAAUAUCUUUAAUCCAAUAUCUGUUUUACAGUCUUUCUGACUUUCUGCAUUCCUCCAACUCCUACGGGACCUGAUUUGUGAAUAUCUCGUCCAUUGGACGCUAGACGGUUAUAUAUAUAUGGGUUCGAUGCGAACUAAAUGCACCCUUUGCCUAUAUGUUACUUAAUUUUGGCCUUUUGUGCAAACUCUGAAGCUCACGGACUCGUCUUGCAUGUCCUUGAAGCUCCCUGAGCGAACGGAUAUAGAGCUACUCAAACACCCGAACAUGUUCUACCCUGGACAGCGAAGGCAAAUUAGAACAUGGAUUUGUUGAACUACGAGGAUUAACUUCUCACCUGCGAGGUAGUUGCUGCCUGUAAUUUAGUACUGGUUCGAUUCAACUACCUUAGGUGGCUGCAAGAUAUCAUGAUCAUCCCAGUCUGAGAAUUCACCCAGUGCACAUAUGGGAUGAUAAAACAAUAAAUACUCAUUUGAUAAAGGUGAGUGUGUACUGGAAAGGGGUUUCUUUGGACUGAGCUUUCUAAGAGGUAGGCAGGUAGGAGAACUAAAAAGAGGUUAGACGGAAACUUUGAGUCUUUGAGUCGACCUGCGUUCAUUAAUAUUGCUUAUUUUUUGGUUAAAUUGGUGAAUUGAUGUUUUGCAUUGCUGACAAAACAGGAAAUGCCAUUUGAAGGAAAGCAAUCGAAAACCAGUGUGUUAUCACCGACAAAGACAAGGGAGACUGGAAUGGCCAUUUCUGGGUUAUUAGCUGUCGUCAGCCAGUCAUACCCAACCCCGAAGUGUGGAACACCCGAGGCUCGAAGUCGCGACCUGCUAGUUAGAUGUCCGCUCCUCUAACCGCUGGUUGGGCUCGAAAGAGAGCCCGUAAGGCACAGUGGAACGAGUGAGUUCCGUAAGAACGAUCGGUGGGCUCCCCUACCAAUCGAAACCAAUUAACUUGCGUGUGAUAUGACACAUUUCACAGUGGUCAGUAAUUUUCACACACCUUAAAGUAUGCAUGUUUUCCAGGCAAUCAAAAAGCACGACUCAAAUGUCUCUGCACCCCAAACAGCCAGUUAUUACCAGUACCGAUAAGCGAAGCUAGAACGACCAGUGAAAAAAAAGAGUGACAGUGGCCAGCGAGGAAACCAGAAAACCCUAGGAAAGAAGAAAUCCGGGGGUACAAAAAGCCAAUGGAACCGAACAGUCGAUUCUAAGUGGUAUAUCCACAGGACCCGAACCAGGGAUAUCGACAACAGACCCGUCCAUAUCGAUUAGUGCCGGGAGACCUAAAACCGUUAACGACGACAAGAAAAAUUUUGAAUUGAAAUGUUCAGAGGAGAAUCUGAGGUGAAUGAAUUGCUCACCGGAUCGGGGGACUUUUCUGGCUGAAGUUUCGAAGAGCUGGGGCUGCUCUCCAUUGUCAAAGCGUCAAGUGAAAAAAUCGAUCAGCAUUUUUGAAUAGACUGCCGCAUUAGUUGGCCCUGGGCUGAUCGAUUUUUUUCUUUCUCUGCCUCGGCCUACUGGCAUCCGGUUUAAACCAUGCCUUUGACCAAAGUUUACUGGACAUGACGCUCAAGUUAUUUCUCAAUCAGCACGUCUUGUUCCGACGAGAUUGCGCGAAGGACAACAGUCAAAUUGCCUUAAUCUGGUGCCUACGAAGUCGCUGGAUAGCAUUGCUGAGGUGCAAUGCCUAUCUUUCCCAGGUCGAAGCGAUCAUGUCGCACCGUUGUGCUAGUAUUCCAUCUUUUCUGUGCCCAACCAAACCACCAGACUUAGAACAAAUAUUCGGCUCGAUAAAUGCAAUCUAAUGAAAGCUUAAAUAACCUGAAAUUAUCUUUUUCCGGUGACACAGUUCAAGAUUGGGAAGGGUUCAAUGAGUUAUUGCACAUUCCUCUCGGAGACCAGAGUCCAAUUUCACGAAAAAAACUGAACAAUGCCCCCCCCCCGUGGCUAACAUAAGCUUUGAGAAAGAAGUGAAUAAAAAGCAGAGGUGAUGGAGGACAUUCCUCUCGGAUAGGAACUCUGUGUCGACGAAUGCAUAGAAAGCAUAGAGAAACCUAGUUAAGCGACUAAUCCUCAGGCCACAGCAUACUUUCAAAAAAGACUUACUAAACCGAUCCUUAGAGUAUCCGAACAUAUUCUAUGGUUACAUAAGAAGGAACACGCAAAAGCUAGUGAAGACCUAGAGCUUAGUGAAGAUGGAGCAAAGGUAGAGCGCCAUUCGCCAUUUCUCAAGUUCAUCUUUAUGAAGGAAAGCUCAUUUAUUCCUCCCGACUGUGACUAAGUGGGGGGUCCAACGACUGGGACUGUUUGUUCCGUCGAAGCUAUUGUCACAAAAACUUUUGAUGCUAAAUGAGUCGCAAUCACCUGGUCAAAUGACAUACCGUCAAAAGAGCUAAAGGAGAUCGCUGUAGACAUAUCCAAACCACUGUCCAUGCCUUUUUAAGCUUCGUUGAAGUCGGCUGUUUGCCCGCCGACUGGAAAUCAGCACGGAUUAUACCACUGUAUAAAAGCGGCAGCAAGGUUUCGCAAAACAACUGCUGACAAAUCAGUCUCCCUUCAGUCUGCUGUAAAAUUUUGGGAAAAUAAUUGAGCAAGUAAUAAUGUUCUUGCCAGAGCAGCAUAGUCUGUUAUGCGACGCCCAGAUCAUGUGUGACAAAUCGGCUCUAUUGUUUAUAACGCUGGACUUGAGGAGUUGAUGGAAGAAAAAUAGUGUACGCAGUCUAUAUCGAAAGCGGUUGAAAGCGGUGUUUCUAAAAUCUUCGUUCCUGGUGCCAUCCUGUUCAUUAUCUACGCCACUGACUGAGUCAGUGAACUUAAUUGUGGUGCCGCAUGUUUGUCGAUGAUGGUAAGUUUUGGAGCGUCAUCCGUUUUGAAUUCGACGAGGAACGCUUGCGGGCAAAUCUGAAUCGUCUCCAAAAUGAUCACAGGACGGGGACUGGACAGGACUGGGCUUUUAACAUUUAAUGUGACCAAAUGCAACAUUCUGCGAGUCAGUAGUACUUGAUUCCCGGACCGAAGGGCUUACCAGCUAAGCGGCAUACUAUUACAGGAGGUAGACGCCCAGAAGGACUUGGGUUUGUGGGUCACGGCUUCACCUAAAUCGUCGCUACACUGCUCCAGGGUAGCCAAGUCCACGAUGUCAAUUCUGUACCUUGUCAAGUGGCCUUUCUCUACCUUCAAUGACGGCGGUUUCAUUAAAGUCUUUCGGACGUUUGUGUGGCCGCAGCUGGAAUUCGUUAUGCAAUCGUCGAAAGCCCGGACCACUAAGGACCUCAGAAUCCAUGAGAAAGUUCAAAGGCAGGCAACUAAACUCGUUAGGGGACAGGAUUCACUGCCCCACGAAACACGAUUAUCCAAUCUCGGACUUUUUCCUCUCAGCUACAGACAGUUAAGAGGCGACCUGAUGCAAAUAUUCCGUAUCACGCGCGGCCAGGACUGCUGUCUUCUACCUGGAGACUUCUUUGAGUUAGCAACCAGAACGAGCCUCCUAGCGCCAAGCUGGACACAUAAGUUUUUUUAAUCUAACAGAGUGGCUGAAGCUUGGGAUAGUCUGCCUGCAGAUAUUAUUAUGUCCAUAUCUGUCGAGGCUUUUAGGCACAAGCUGGAUCAGUAAAUCACUACACAUCAUAAUGCCAACCCUCCGAUAUCGGUUCAACGUCCCGCGCCAACAAUUAUAUGCCACAUAUAUUUAUUUUAAGUUCACUUAGAUACUGGCAUUAACUUCGGCUCCUGAUAACUAAAAUCUUACCAACUUUUCUAUAGCACAAUUAUGCAUAGACUGACAACGGUACAAUGUAUUUGUUAGCGUCAGUAUUUAUAAAACUUGGAAUAAUUCACCGGCUGACGUGGGAGGGGCCAAACGGCACGUUGAUUUGACCACAACUAAGCCGACCCCAAAGGGAACAAAGGUCACGCAGGCCUAUCAGCGGUCAGCUCCGGGGAGGUCUAAGCCAGUCAGCGGCAAACAGGCAGGUCAAAGUUCGUGCAUCCAGCACGGCUAUAAUACGAGGCAAGCGGCAAGACUGAAUAACUCAAGACCCGCAAGUGCAACAAUUACGCUACUCUGAUGAUGGAAACGAGGAAGUUUCCGAAACGUCAGUUCGAAUACAAUAUGGUCCAUGGAUUCGCCCUCUCUUCUUCUUCGUCUUCUUCGGGAGAUGAUGAACGCGAUAUAUAUAUAUAUAUAUAUAUAUAUAUAUAUAUAUAUGAGUUUGAAAACAGGCAUCCCAAGAAUCAUAAUUCGAAAGAAAUAAGCUCUUUGGGAAAGAUUAACAAGGUUUAUUGUAAAUGUUCGAUCUUAUUUCCCCAAGUCGUCUUCAGACGUGGACUAUGUGUGCAAAACAGUCAACAUCUAAACAUGCCGAAAAAUCGAUUUUGCCUUGUCAUUCCUGCUGGUGUCUUGCUCUGAUUGGCUAAUGUCUUUUCCACUUUUCCUUGAGGCUGUUGUACACCGUAUACAAUUCUACGUGUCUAUUGAUGCAUGCGUUAUCAGAAUGGAUGGCCUCUAAAAAUUCACGGCCCUUUUUAGAUGAACAGACACCUACAAUGCGGGUCCUGUCCCAGGCAAAUUUGUGUCCGGUUUCCAAAGUAUGCAUGGCAACUUGGGACAAAUAGUCUCGCCUUCUUACGGCCAAUUGGUGUUCGUAUAUUCGUGUAGAGGCCGAUUUCCCGGUUUGACCACAGUAAACCGCAUUACAGUUGUUGCAUGGUAUCUUAUAGACGACUUCCUUCUUAUCUAAAUAGCCAACCCUAUCCUUAGGGUGUACAAGCUGGUUACGAAGUGUAGUCGUCGGUUUGUGCGCCACAUGUAUCUGGUGCUUCCUCAGGUGUCUUUCAACUAGUUCAGACACAUUCUUAAUGUAUAGAAGUAUUCGCCAGUUUUUAGGUUUGGGCGCCUGAUCGGAACAAUCUAGUUCCUUCUCUUUUUCUUUUAACUCCUGUCGUCGCAUGCAUCGGUGUACAAAAUAUCUAGGAUACCCAUUCUGGGAAAACAGUUUGAACAAAUAAUUCAGUUCUGUUUGAUAUGUUUCGUUGUCAGAGCAGUGGGUUCUUGCUCGGUUAAGGAGGCUGUUCACGGCACUCCGUUUGUGAGAGAUCGGGUGAUUGCUCUCGUAAUGCAAAAGAACUUCCGCGUAGGUUUCUUUGCGCUGAACCGAAGUGUGAAAUGUCCCGUCAGGCUUUCUCUGUACGAGGACAUCAAGAAAAGGGAGUUUGUUUUCAGCCUCUUUCUCGAGUGUGAAUGUGAUUCCUGGAAGUGUUGAGUUAAUAAUAUUGUGGAGUAUUUCCAGUUGAUCACUUUUAACAAUAACAAACGUGUCAUCAACAUACCCAUAGUUUGGGGUUAACUAGUGGUAAGGCGAUGGCGCCUAAUUUCUGCAUCGUGACUUCUGCCAGAAAACCAGAGAUGGGUGAUCCCAUAGGGGCUCCCUUCAGUUGUUGAUAGUAGUCUGGGAUAGGACCCGCAUUGUAGGUGUCUGUUCAUCUAAAAAGGGCCGUGAACUUUUAGAGUCCAUCCAUUCUGAUAACGCAUGCAUCAAUAGACACUUAGAAUUGGAUACGGUGUACAACAGCCUCAAGGAAAAGUGGAAAAGACAUUAGCCAAUCAGAGCAAGACACCAGCAGGAAUGACAAGGCAAAAUCGAUUUUUCGGCAUGUUUAAAUGUUGAAUGUUUUGCACACUUAGUCCACGUCUGAAGACGACUUGGGGAACCAAGAUCGAAAGUUUACAAUAAACCUUGUUAAUCUUCCCCAAAGAGCUUAUUUCUUUCGAAAUAUAUAUAUAUAUAUAUAUCAGGUGAAUAAUUUCAGAAAUUAAUCAAUGCAGAACUUGGAGUUAAAUCUCCGGGACAUGACUUUUUAGGGUCAGAACCGAAAUUUCAAUGAACAUUUGAGUCGAAGACAAUCAACCUGAUUAUUCUCUGGAGUUCAUAUACCGGAAACCGCUAGAGAACGCUGGGGGUCCCACUGAAGAGCCGAACCCCUCGCAGCUGUGUCACGCAGCGGCAGAAUAUCGGCGAAACACGUGUCUGGGCUUUUAGCAAGUAUCUAGGUCGGGAGUACGGUAUACUACCAUUAAUAUAUAUAUAUAUAUAUUUUCGAACACAAUGCUUCAUCUCCUACGUGGCUCUUAUUACAUCCAUCCACAUAUUACGGCCGGCCCUGAGCCAUAGUUUAGGGUGAGAUAGUACACAUAUGCUUGCCCUCGCGAAAUGUUCGUAAAGAUUCAAAACGCUGGCGAAGAUGCAUGGAUGUAUGUGAAUGUCUGUCUGCUGCUGUUGACUGUAGUCCGUGGAUCAGGGGAACGUUUUUCACGCCAACUAGCAUGGGUACGUUGGGACUUGAGUGAAUGCUGGAAAGCAUCACUGCAGACCAUUUGAUGACUGUUCAGUCAUGAAAAAAGCUAGCCCAAAUCCAGUGUGCACCUGCAUAUCGGAAGUAACCCCGUAAUCCCUUGCACUUAAGUGUCUGAUCAGGUUUACUUAAGAGCAGACUAACCAUGGAAUCGCGGGCGAUUCAGUUAAAAAAUAGGGUAUGUUGGCUUAAUCCUGUAGAAAGCGGCCUAUCGAAGCUCUAUGUGUGCAUGAUAUUUCGCGUUUUCAUAUUUUAUGAACAACUUACUUUGAUUGGAAAACCGGACAUGGAGCAAUUUAGUGUCACAUUGUCGUUACCGUUUGCCUUCACGAUAAGGGGUUCGCUGUGCUGCGGUUGAAUUGCACCUAUAUAUGUAUAGAUUCGAAAGUAGAAAAGUUAAAAAAGAAAAAAUAACUUUAAAGGUCCCUAGGGGGAAAUUACGUCUUUGGUGGUAAAAUUCUGAUGUAGAUGCUUCUCUUAUAAAAUACAACGACGCUUUUGCCGUUUUGGUAGUGCGAGUACUCAACGGACCAGUCUGCCAUGAGGAUACCUCUGCGAAUUUCGUCGACUUAUCAGAUGGUGCCUCCACUAUUAUCACAACUCCAGAAAUGAAACUCUAGCCACACAACCCUCUAGAAGUUACCGUCUACUUUCAUUUGUGCCUGAUCUCUGGGUUUCUUGUGUUGAGCAGGUCAUGAGAGCUAUCAUAAACCGGAGAUGAUUUAUUAACGAUUUUUGGAUCGGUGUCGUUCCGCCUGUCCAUUCGACUGCUUAUGAAACAAUUUUGUACCAGCUGAUGAAAAUAAGUUUCGCCUUGAUGAUCCGCAGAAGUAGAGUUAAUGAUGAAUACGGGAUGGGCUUGCGCUUCCGCAAGUGAUGUGCAUGACUGCCCGGCCAUCCACGUCACUUCUGUUGUUGUUGCUGUUUACCAAAUGUUUUUUGUGAACCAGAGGGUGUGGUGUGCGGCGCCAGGUUUCGGGUUCGGCCGCGCAGUCCAUCUGUGCCCUCACCACUUCCGGUCUUCUUGUCAUUGUCUUGACAGCGAUCUCAUGUGGAAGUGAGGAAGAAGGAGGAGGAGGAGGAGGAGGAGGAGGAGGAGGAGGAGGAGGAGGAGGAGGGUUUGCGGUAG